AUGGCCGCUCUUCUCCAGACUGUAACGCCCCACGUCCGCGUCCCUCGCGCCUCUGACCGCGUGUACUGCGACGAUUGCGUCUUCUCGUUCGACUGUCCACUGCCUCCAUUGGAUAUCUAUACGAAUUUGCACUCGUUUCUCUCGUACGGGGCCUCAAGUCUCGCGUUUGACCGCAACGGCACGUCCGUCUACUUACACCAGCACCACCAGCGCAAGCUCAAUCCACGUACUGCUCAGGUCGGAAACGAAACGCCUACGAAGCUCGCGAUUGGCGGCGAUGGAGGCUUUGCCGUCGAUGAACGGGUCCGCAUGCCUCUAGACGAUCCAGAUGUCCUUUUGGAGAUCAAACAAGCGGCUGAGGCUGUGCUGCACCAUGUAGGAAACACUGUCAGUGAGGAGGUGGCGUCCUGGCAGGAGGAACUCAAGCUUUCCAAGUACGCAGAGCAUCUAGAGCAGCUAUCGUCUCCGCCACAGAUUGCGUCAAACCCAUUGGCGUGGAAGUGUCAAGACCCUCAGUGUGAUAAACAAGAGAACUUGUGGCUCAACCUCUCGGACGGCUACAGUGGUUGUGGGCGACAGAACUGGGAUGGAUCGGGUGGAUGUGGUGCUGCACUGACGCACUUUAGCGAGACGGGAGGAAAGUACCCACUGGCUGCCAAGUUGGGUACGAUUACAGCAGAAAGAGGCGACGUGUACAGCUAUGCACCUGACGAAUAUGACAUGGUCAAGAACACGCACUUGGAUCGACAUUUGGAACACUUUUGCAUCAAUGUCAACUAUUCACGCAAGACGGACAAGUCGAUGAAUGAACUACAAGUGGGGCUGAAUCUCUCGCAUGAGUUUGACGCUGUGGUGGAGGUCGGAAAGAAACUUGUACCCGUGUCAGGGGCAGGGUACAUUGGGUUCAAGAACUUGGGCAACACACUUACGGACCGAUACAAGAAGCAAUACCGAACGCUCGAGGACAGCAGCAAGAAUGUUGGAGAGGACGACAUUCGCAACAUUGAUCUACGACCCACAACUUUCCGUGCUCUUGUCGGCAAAGGCCACGCCGACUUCUCGACGGGCCAGCAGCAAGAUGCUGUGGAGUAUUUGCAGUAUCUUUUGUACUUUAUGACUCGAAUCGAGCGUGUAAGCACGACCCGCUUAGGACCGCUUUCUGCAGGUGGCAGUGCCACCAGUGCGGAGCUGCCGACUGCAAGUUUGUUCAAGCUCAAGCUAGAAGACGGUGUGCAGUGUAUUGCUUCGAGUAAAGUCAAAUACGUGCUGCGCGACAUGGUCUUGCGGUUGCAAAUUCCCCUGGAGGCAGCCACGAACGCGACACAGGUGACUGCAUACCAGGUGCUAGAGCAAAAGCGCUAG